AAUUAGUUGUAUGUAUGACAUACAUCUCUCGUUGUGCAGCUGUCGUUCAGGUACAUAUACUAGGUGUGGAACUUGACUCGUCAUGGUCGACGAAAUGUUUCAUACUGAGACUAGGAUAUGAUUGUGACCAGUUUUCUCUCUUAGUCUUCAGCUCCCUUCCCGUCAUUUGAUGCGAUGGCUUCAAAUGGAGAGCCUUUCAAGCUACACAAGGCAGUAUUCCACAACGACAUAAGAUCUCUAAAAGCUUGUCUGAAUGCAAGAGGAGUGGAUGUGGAGGAGCGUGAUUGUCACUCGUUGACACCUCUCUUGUUAGCUGCUAAGCUAGGUAGACUGGACUGUGCUGAGCUGCUGAUCAAUAGUGGUGCCAAAGUCGAUGCUAAAUCUGAUGAUGGAUGGUCAGUUAUGGACGAAGCAGUUGUAUAUGGAGAUCGUGAACUGGUAGAGUUUUUUGUGAAGGCUGGUUACAAUCAGGCCACUACUGACUUGAAAGAACUAAAGCCUAAACUGGAAGAGGCUUUGAAAAAGGUGCCAGACUUCACUCUAGUGUUUCAGUGGGAGUUGUCCAGUUGGAUUCCAUUGUUGUCACGCGUCCUUCCAUCAGAUGUGUGUCGGUUGCACAAGUGUGGCUCACAUCUGCGUAUGGACGCCACACUGCAGAGCAUCACCGACUUGCGUAAUCGCCGUGGAGACCUGAGCUUCUUUAUUGACUGCACAGAUAUCUCUCACGUCAUAGUCGCAGACAACAUCCGGCAUGUCAAGGAAGUACUGAAGCCUCAGCUUUCUUCCAAGUAUGUCACAGAAAGUACCAGUCUUCGCCUAUCCAAGGAUGUAGUCCAUUCAUUCAUAUCCACUCAACCUAUUGAGCUAAUACGCUGCCGCUCUGGGUGGCUGUGGCGUGUAGACAAGGAGGAAUGUGUCGCAGGCUACUCUUGUCCUGUUUACGAUAUCACUGGUGUCACGCUCAUACAGCGACGUCGCUGUGAACAUCUCACCGAGGAAGAUGUCAAACGUCUCAAGUCACUGCGUGAGAAAAUGAAACGUGGUGAUGGUGAUGAUGUUGAUGACGAAGACGGCGAUGCAGCAGCAGCAGCAGCAGCAGCAGCGGAAGGUGAAAGUGGUGCUGAGUCGAGUGAUGGAUCAGCCCUUGAGGUACCUUUCCGUGCCUCCAGACCCGCUCCUGUAACAACAGCGACAUGGUCUGACUAUGUGAACAGCGCAUCAGGUGGUUUACCAGACAAUGUUGGCCGCACACCUGUUGUAAGUCAAGACAGACGUCAGUUCAAGCCGACUGUAGCUCUCAGCGAUAAGUUCCCUAUUCCACGUGACUUGCUUCUAGAUAUCCUGGAGCUGUUCACGCCAUACAAGCAUUUUCACAAGCUCCGUCGCCUGGUGUCUCGUCUUCCUCCUGGCUUUCCAAUGAAAGUGGAGGUGCCACUCUACCCGACGAUAACUCUGAAGUUAGCCUUUCAAGAGUUCAAGACAUGCAGCCACCCUGCUAGCAUGUUCACUGUGCCCAAUUACGACACUGGCCACGUAUUCCCGCAACAACGCCGUUGAACACUGCUGUCUGAGCACCGUUGAACACUGCUGUCUGAGCACCGUUGAACACUGCUGUCUGAACACCGCUGUACACCGCUGAACUGUUGUGUGUACCACCGUGGCCAGGCAGUACUACAGCAGCAGUACUUCUGCGCAAAGUGCGUAAGUAAAGAGCAGUGUUGUAUAGAGCUAGAGUGCGUGUGUGUGUGUGUGUGUGUGUGUGCGCGCGCGCGUGCAUGUGAGUGUGUGAUGUGUGUGUGUGUGUGUAUGUGUGUGUGUGUGUGUGUGUGUGUGUGUGUGUGUGUGUGUGUGUGUGUGUGUGUGUGUGACGUGCUCUUUCAUUUGUCAGAAUAGCGUAGUUCUAUUUGUUUCUUGCAUCCACAUGCUUUUUGUACACGCAACAAACAACAACAGCAACAGCAUCAGCAUCAUCAUCAACAACAACAGCAACGCAUGCACACACGUGCACAUGCGCGCGUGCACACACACACAUGAUUGUAUGUAUGAGAAUGCACAUGAACUUCACAAAGAGUGUGUGCUCAUCACGGACACUUGAACUGGCAGCUGUUGUUGCUGCGGCUGCUGUUCAGUAUUAUUGUAGCCUGCUAGUAGCAUUAAACCAUCGUUACUUUCAUUUUAGGGGAUGAUGCUGAUAAGGUCUCUUUUGGAGUGUUGUCUUUCAUUGUAUAGCUACUCUCAUUGCGUGCUUUCAUGUACUUGUAGUAUUGUGUGUGGUCGAUUAGCUUGCUGCGCUGAUUUGCCUUUUUUUGUGUACAUAGCCCCUAGCUGCAUGCAUGUCUGUGUGUGAUUCUUGUACAUAGUUGUACAAUGUGUGCCUUGUUUUGACUUGUUCUUCUAGAAUUCUUGCUUUGCACCGUGUAUAGUGCAGUGUAUAGUAGUACAGUCUAGUACAAUACAUGUAAAGUCUAGUACAGUACAAUCAUGUAUUACAUGUAGAUCAACUACAUACGGCAUGUACUGUAUGUCUCUAGUGCCGCUGCGUGCGCGCGUCUUCUUGCUUUCUUUCCCAAUGCAGUUUAUAUAUAUUUUCCAAUGAUUCAAUGGUGUUGAGUCUGUGCUGCUGCUGCUGCUGCUGCUGCUGCUGCCGUUUUCCAUCAUGAUGACGGUGACUGCAACUGGUCCGAGCAAGACUUCGGACAGCUUAUGUAUGAUGUAGGUAUUGAUAUUGUUCGUGGAUAUGGACUCUACUAUUACUGCCUCUUAUCUCUUUUCUUGAGCACGCGUGCUGCUGCUGCUGCACUGACCAAUAGUUGUCACAAUAGCAAUAAGUACAGGUUCAUUCAAUGUGACAAAGACAUGAGUUGCCGACUGGUGCAUGUGCUUUCUCUUCUUCUUGUUCCUUUCGUUGCUUUAUUUCUAUUUUUAUCAAAUCUCAAUCAAAUCAGUCUUUUAUUCUAUCUUUGCUGUGCAUAGGUAGAGGGUAGCAGUAGAUCUAAAUGCGUUGGAGAAUUCAUGAUUUGUUUAAAAUGGUCCUUUCUUGCAAGUAUAUUUUGAAAAUUAUCUUGUCUUUGAUUAUUAUUAUGAAAAUAUCAAACAAAUGUGAUCACCUAUUUCAGGGACGUUUCAAGCA